UGUUCUCAUUUCAUUGUGGGAACCAAAACAUCAGAACAAGACACCAUUUGAGUUGAGUUGAGUGUGACAUGUCCAUAUAUGUCGAUAUAUGCUGAAAAAAAAAACUAAUGGAGAACUGAACUGAAGAUUUAAUCCGGAGAAGAUUACUUAAAGUUGAGUUUUUUAAAAACUAAAAGAAGAAAUCUUGAUACGCCGUAAUGUGAGUGGUGAAAGAAUUUUAAACGUCUGCAUCAAUUGACUAAUUCCUGAUCUUUGGAACCUAUUGUGGUGGUCAUAUACGGGCACAAGUCUUUUUGCUAAGUGGUUUUGAUAAAAAAAAAAGUUGAAAACUUUAAAGGCGAUGCCAUCACUUUGGUCAAACGAAUCCGAUGGGUUGCGAGAACAUCUUGUGGACGUUGUUGUGUCUGGUUCAGAACCAAAGAUUCGGGUACAUGAUCUGACCCGAGUCGCUGAUGAUGGAUCUCGGAUCUUGAAAGGAGUGAGUAUUGAUAUACCGAAAGGUAUGAUUGUUGGGGUGAUUGGACCUAGUGGAAGUGGAAAGUCAACUCUUUUGAGAUCUCUGAAUCGUCUUUGGGAACCGCCGGAGUCAACUGUUUUCUUGGAUGGUGAAGAUAUAACCAAGGUUGAUGUUAUCACUCUUCGUCGUAGAGUUGGAAUGCUUUUCCAGCUUCCUGUUCUCUUUCAAGGAACUGUUGCGGAUAAUGUGAGGUAUGGUCCGAAUUUGAGAGGGGAGAAACUAAGUGAUGAAGAGGUUUAUAAGCUGCUAAGUCUUGCUGAUCUUGAUGCUUCCUUUGCCAAGAAGACUGGUGCAGAGUUAUCUGUGGGUCAAGCUCAACGAGUAGCACUUGCAAGGACUCUAGCCAACGAGCCUGAGGUCUUGUUGCUGGAUGAACCAACAAGUGCUCUGGAUCCGAUAUCGACAGAGAACAUUGAGGAUGUAAUAGUGAAACUGAAGAGGCAAAGAGGGAUUACGACUGUGAUUGUUUCUCAUAGUAUCAAGCAAAUUCAGAAAGUUGCUGAUGUCGUUUGCCUUGUUGUCGAUGGUGAGAUUGUUGAAGUUCUUAAACCUAGUGAGCUUUCACAUGCUAAGCAUCCAAUGGCUAAGAGGUUUCUUCAACUCAGUUCCUGAGACCAAUUUCUCAUUGUCCUGUGCAAGUCAUUUGCCUUUUUCUUCUCUUGAAUAUUAAUAAUCUCUUUUGAGAGAGGACAAAUGUGUCUGGAUGUAACAACACCUUUUCUGGUUUUAUGUCUUU